AUGGCUUUCAGAACCAAAAAAGUACAACAGGACCUAGAUUUUGAUAUUUCUGUCAAAUAUUGUCCAGCAACACAGCAUCGGCAACCAGCAACGCACCUUGGAUCCCAUCUUACGAAGCCGAAUAUCCCGAGGGCAAACCUUGCGGUUACACGAGAAUUUCCUCACGGAUCGGAGGAUAGCAGGAGAAGGUAUCAGGACUACACAACAUUGCAGCAGCACGUUCUCUUCUGGGAUAGAGAUGGUGAUGGUAAAAUCAACACUUGGGACACAUAUGUUGGAUUUCGUGACCUGGGAUUCAACAUUCUGAUCAGCGUCCUUGCCGUUAUUAUUAUCAACGGAACUCUGUCAUAUCCGACAAGGUUGGCAUCUUCGUGGCUUCCAGACCCUUUCUUCCGGAUAUUCCUCAGCGGCAUCCAUAAAGCAAAGCAUGGAUCCGAUACUGGGGUCUUUGAUACAGAGGGCCGGUUCAAUCCACAGAUGUUUGAAAAUAUUUUUUCCAAACACAACACAAACGGGGAUGGAACACUGACUUUAAGGGAGCUAUUUGACGUAAUGCACACGCGCAGAUGUGCCAUAGAUCCUUUUGGGUGGGCUGCGGCACUCUUUGAGUGGAUUAUAACUUGGUUACUGAUCCAAAAGGAUGGGAAAAUUUAUAAAGAAGAUCUGCGGCAGAUCUACGAUGUAAGAAAACUCCCUACCUAUUUAUUAAACAUUGGAGAGAGAUAG